CAAAGAAUUAAUCUAUUAUUAAAAGAUCUCAAAUAAUACCUUUAUGAACUUUUCUUCUACAUUCUUUUUUUUUUUUUGGAUAACGUCCGGGUGUCCCCAACCGGCAUCUACCUGGUUACCCUGGGAUGCAUCACAGCCGGGACUAAUCCCCACGUCCCACAGAACCCACCCCAAGACCCUGCAGGGAGGUAAAUCGGGAUUUGCUCAAGGCAGCAGGAAUCGAUCCCGAGCAGCUAACCUGGGUCACAGGCUCAGCCGGGUCGCCCUUGCCACCCGAGCCAGCGCCCGGGGGUUCUUUUCUUCUACAUUCUUGUAUUUAAUACAUGUGUAUGUAUAUGAUGAAGUUGACCGGAGGACGGAGACUUUUCUUUUGAAGUCAAGCAAUCACCCACCAUCAAGUUCCCAUCAGUACGUACUAUCACCCUCGUCUUCAUAGCAACUCCCCUCUCCCUCUCCUUCCAAGUUCCAUCCUUCCUCUCCAUUUUAUAUUUAUCAUGCGAAGGAUUGAAACACACACACACACACACACACACACACUCUACUACACCUGCUAACUGCAGAAACUCCGGCGGCUAGCUGGUAAUUUAUCACAGAAAUGGGUCGGCGGCUAAGAGUUCUUUCCGCCCUGGACACCGCCAAGAUACAGUACUACCACUUCAGGGCCAUAAUCAUCGCCGGCAUGGGCCUCUUCACCGACGCCUACGACUUCUUCUGCAUCCCCCCCAUCAUGAACCUCAUCGGCCACGUCUACUACCCCCAUCAUCACUCCCAAGCCCCCACCGCCUUAGUCUCCGCUCUCGUCGCCCUCGCCCUCCUUGGAGCCGCCAUCGGCCAGCCAAUCUUCGGCUUUCUCGGCGACCGCAUCGGGAGGCGCCGUGUCUACAGCGCCGUGCUGAUUCUGAUGAUGCUCUGCUCUCUCGCGUGCGGGUUCUCCGUCUGUACCACCCGCGGGUGCGUCUUGGGCAGCCUCGGGUUCUUCCGGUUCGCGCUGGGGGUGGGCAUCGGCGGCGACUACCCGCUCUCCGCCACCAUCAUGUCGGAGUUCUCCAACCAGCGGACGCGCGGUGCGUUCAUCGCCGCCGUGUUUUCGAUGCAGGGGUUCGGGAUUCUAGCGAGCUCGGCGGUGACGAUGGCGGUGUGCGCCGCGUUUCAGCUCGCGUAUGGAGAGUCGCCGACGGGGAAGACGCCGCAAGCGGCUGACUUGGCAUGGCGCGUGAUAUUGAUGGCGGGUGCGGUUCCCGCAGCGCUGACGUUUUAUUGGCGGAUCAAGAUGCCCGAAACUGCCCGAUACACGGCCCUGGUGGAGGAAAAUGUGGCGCAGGCUGCCAAGGACAUGGAGAAAGUCCUCGGCGACGCCAUGCCUCCCAUCCCCGAAGACGAAGAAGAAUCCCAAGUAGCACUUGAACCAUUCAACGCUAACCCAUCUCCUCCCUUCCUCCGCCGUCAUGGCCUCCACCUCUUCGCCUGCGCCGCCACCUGGUUCCUCCUCGAUGUCGUUUUCUACAGCAACAACCUCUUCUAUUCCCAAAUCUACCAGGACCAUCUCCGCGACAAGGAGCCCAACCUCACCGCCUUCCAAGAAGCCUUCCACGUCGCCAAGAUCCAGGCCAUCGUCGCUGCCUCCUCCACCAUCCCUGGCUACUUGGCUACCGUCUACUUUAUCGAUCGCGUCGGCAGACGCCCGAUCCAGAUCGCCGGCUUCCUCGCCCUGGCCGUCCUCUUCUCCAUCCUGGGAGCAAUGUACCGCCGGCUCUCCUGCACCAACGCCGGGUUCAUACUCCUAUACGGGCUCACCUUCUUCUUCGCCAACUUCGGCCCCAACACCACCACCUUCAUAGUGCCGGCGGAGCUGUUCCCGGCGAGGUUGAGGACGACGUGCCACGGCUUGUCGGGGGCGGCGGGGAAGUUGGGGGCGAUAGUGGGGGCGGUGGGGUUUCAGUGGGCGACGCAGAGGAAGGAGAAGAAAGGCGAGCACUUGUGCCCGCGGCGGAUGGAGAUGACGGUGGCGAUGGUGGUGUUGGGGGGGAUUUGUGUGGUGGGGAUGGGGGUGACAUACUUCUUUACGCCGGAAACUAUGGGGAGGUCGUUGGAGGAGAAUGAGAAUGAUGAUGGUGAGGCGGAGCCGUCGAGUUUGAUCGGAGUUGGUCGUCCAACGAGCUUCAGGAGAUCUAAUAGUGGUGUCGUGCGGCCCCAAUCAUAGAUAGGUGUUAAAAUAAAUAAAUUUGUAUUAUUGCGGUUGUUCUCAAGAAUCCUUAAUAUUUUGUUUAAUUUUUAUUUUUAUUUAAAAUUAAUUUUUCUAACUUUUGAAAUGCAAAAAUAAAUUUAUGAAGAGCUCAUUUUAAGAUGA